CCAUGGUUUUGGCUCGAGGGGUUUCCGUCCGGCCUCACCUGCACCUGGCGUCCCUUCCCAGGCUCGUUUCUCUGCUUCACGCCACCACCGUCUCUGGAACUUGCUUAGCAAAUGAAAGGGCUAGAAAGCUGCAAGAUUGGCUUUUGUCCUAAACCAUUUGUAGCUAUGGACUUGCCAGAUAAAAGCCAGUGGGAUGAAACUACCUGUGACCUGGCUGUUUGUCAGCAUCCACAAUGCUGGGCAACUCUCCGCCGAAUUGAGAGGGGCCACCCUCGAAUUCUGGACUCCUCCCGCAAAUCUCCUCCAGAUGCUGAAGACAGACUCCCAGUGCUCACCAUUGUAAACAUCACAGAUUCCUGCUUCCAGGCCAAGAGACUUGCUUGUGGUCAUUCAUCAGGAUUUACCUUCCCCAAGGCUCACUCUUUAUUGUCUCAACGUUCAAAGUUUUACUCCAAAUUUCAACGCAGGCCUUGGAAGGAUUUACCUGACAGAGACUUAAUACACCGUACUAACAGAUCUCCCAAACUAUCAGUGCUAAAUUUGAAUGAGACACAACUUCCUUGUCCUCAAGAUGUAGGAAAUAUGGAUGUAAUUUGGAUCCCAGAGAAGCAUAUGAGUCCAGCUGAGAAGAAGCAUAUUAUUCGCAGCCAGGAUGGGGAGAUGAAAAGAAAGAAAUCUACAGGGAAACACAAGUCAUCUCGGGACACAGAAGCACAGUUGGGACUUCCAGGGAUGAUUGUGCCUCCUCCCUCCCCAGUACACUUGUUUGAAGAACUAAGUUCAGAACGCGUACCUUUAUGGAAGCAGUAUGACAUGUUACCUCAGGAUCUACUGAAGGACCUCUUGCUGGAUAAAGGGAAAACCAUACCUUAUCUGGAGAUGCAGACACAGUUGGCCAUGAUGAAAAAGAAACCUCCCCUGGAAAAGAGCCGACCUUACAGUGCCAUUUCUGCUAAGAUGCAUUUAUCUGUACGCUGCCUCACCCAGCAAAGACCAGCAUUGAGAUACCCUGAACAUUUGAAGAAACUAUAUUACAACCUGACAACAGAAGGUUACAGGAAGCAGCAGUGGCAGCAGCAGAGGAAGGUGAAGACAGCUACUGGGAAACAGGAGGCUAAAAAGAAAUCCAAGAGUGAACCAGGGAGCCACAACACCUCGCAUAAACGUUCAGGUGCCAUGGUUUAUGACCCAUGCUGUGGUCACAGAACUCUACCAGGUCGGGAAAGUGACAAAAAACAGCAGCAGCAGAUGAAGAUAGAAGGCCCCACUUCGAAACAGGUCUACAGCACUUCCAGCCUCCGUGUCCUGUCUGAAUCCUGUGGCUUGAGCCUGAGGUUGCCUGUUUUCCUUGGCUGGAUGGAGUGGCAGAGCCGGGAUACUUCCCUGCCCAGAAAGGAUGCCUGGACUCAGACUUCCCCAGCCAGGAGAAGGAUCAGGCCCGCUCAAGUCCAGGGUGCAGGUCAGCUGAAGCUGUCCAUCGAUGCCCAGGACCGGGUUCUGCUGCUCCACAUCAUAGAAGGCAAAGGCCUGAUGAGCAAGGAGCCUGGCGUCUGUGAUUCCUACGUGAAGAUUUCUUUGGUCCCCGAAGAUAAUCGACUACGCUGUCAGAAGACGCAGACCAUUCCAGACAGCAGAGACCCAGUCUUCCACGAGCACUUCUUCCUUCCUGUCCAAGAGGAAGACGAACAGAAGCGCCUUCUGGUCACAGUGUGGAACAGGGCAGGUGACUCCAGACAGAGUGGACUCAUCGGCUGCAUGAGCUUCGGGGUGAAGUCCCUCCUGACUCCGGACAAGGAGACCAGCGGCUGGUACUACCUGCUGGGAGAGGACCUGGGCCGGACCAAGCACCUGAAGGUGGCCAGGCGGAGACUGCGGCCCCUGAGAGACCCUUUGUUGAGACUGUUGGGAGGUGAGGACACCGAGAACAGGGAGAAACUCAAGAUUACCAUUCCGAGGGGGAAGGACGGCUUCGGCUUCACCAUCUGCUGCGACUCUCCGGUCCGAGUCCAGGCCGUGGAUUCCGGGGGCCCGGCAGAGCGGGCGGGGCUGCAGCAGCUGGACACGGUGCUGCAGCUGAACGAGAGGCCCGUGGAGCACUGGAAAUGCGUGGAGCUGGCUCACGAGAUCCGGAGCUGCCCCAGCGAGAUCAUCCUGCUUGUGUGGCGUAUGGUCCCCCAGGUCAAGCCGGGGCCAGAUGGCGGGGUCCUGCGGCGGGCGUCCUGCAAGUCGACCCAUGACCUCCAGUCGCCCCCCAACAAGCGGGAGAAGAACUGCACCCACGGGGCCCAGGCACGGCCAGAGCAGCGCCACAGCUGUCACCUGGUGUGUGACAGCUCGGAUGGGCUGCUGCUCGGUGGCUGGGAGCGCUACACUGAGGUGACCAAGCGCGGGGGCCAGCACACCCUGCCUGCACUGUCCCGUGCCACUGCCCCCGCCGACCCCAACUACAUCAUCCUGGCCCCGCUGAACCCUGGGAGCCAGCUGCUGCGGCCUGUGUACCAGGAGGAUGCCAUCCCCGAAGAAUCAGGGAGUCCCAGCAAAGGGAAGUCUUACACGGGCCUGGGGAAGAAGUGUCGGCUGAUGAAGACGGUGCAGACCAUGAAGGGCCAUGGGAACUACCAGAAUUGCCCGGUCAUGAGGCCGCAUGCCCCACACUCAAGCUAUGGCACCUACGUCACCCUGGCCCCCAAGGUCCUGGUGUUCCCCAUCUUUGUUCAGCCUUUAGAUCUCUGUAACCCUGCCCGGACCCUCCUGUUGUCGGAGGAGCUGCUGCUGUAUGAGGGGAGAAACAAGGCUGCCGAGGUGACGCUGUUUGCCUACUCUGACCUGCUGCUCUUCACCAAGGAGGAUGAGCCAGGCCGCUGCAACGUCCUGAGGAACCCCCUCUACCUCCAGAGCGUGAAGCUGCAGGAAGGUUCUUCAGAAGACCUGAAAUUCUGUGUGCUGUAUCUAGCAGAGAAGGCAGAGUGCUUAUUCACCUUGGAAGCUCACUCGCACGAGCAGAAGAAGAGAGUGUGCUGGUGCCUGUCGGAGAACAUUGCGAAGCAGCAACAGCUGGCGGCUCCGUCCCCUGAGAGCAAGAUGUUUGAGACAGAGGCAGAUGAGAAGAGGGAGAUGCCCUUGGAAAGGAAGGGGCCGGGUGCUGAGGACCCCUCACCCAGCAAGGACCCCUCUCGUGGCCAGGAUCCUCCUCCAGGACAAGACCUUCCACCCAAAGAGGACUCCUCUUCCAGCCAGGAACCCUCUGCUGGCCCAGAAUCACCAACCAGCAAAGACUCACCUUCCUGCAAAGAAUCUCCUCCGGGCCAGGAACCCUUGGCAAGCAAGGACUCCUCACCAUGCCAGGAACACCCUACGGCCCCAGCCUUCUCUCCAUGCCAGGACCUUCCUGCUGGGCAAGAACUCUCUCCCGGCCAAGACCCUCUAAUCAGCAAAGACCUCCCUGACAUCCAGGAACCCCCUGCCCAGGACCGUUUGCCCCGUCAAGACCUGCCCGCGAGCCAGGACCCCCUGGCAGCUGAGCCCCUUGCUAAGGAGACCACGAGCUCUGGGGACCCACCGGCAGCCACAGGAGACUCGCCUAUGGCCUCCAGGCCAAACUUCGUGAUCCCCGAGGUCCGGCUGGAUAGCACCUACAGUCAGAAGGCAGGGGCAGAGGGGGGCAGCUCGGGUGAUGAGGAAGAUGCAGAAGAGGCUGAGGAGGGCGAGGAGGGAGAGGAGGACGAGGACGAGGACACAAGUGAUGACAACUAUGGAGAGCGUGGUGAGGCCAAGCGCAGCAGCAUGAUCGAGACGGGCCAGGGUGUGGAGGGAGGCCUCUCGCUGCGCGUGCAGAACUCGCUGCGGCGCCGGACGCACAGCGAGGGCAGCCUGCUGCAGGAGGCCCGCGGGCCCUGCUUCGCCUCUGACACUACCUUGCACUGCUCAGAUGGAGAGGGCACUACGUCCACCUGGGCCAUGCCUUCGCCCCGCACCCUCAAGAAGGAACUGGGCCGCAAUGGUGGCUCAAUGCACCACCUUUCCGUCUUCUUCACAGGACACAGGAAGAUGAGCGGGGCUGACACAGCUGGGGACGAUGACGAUGCCUCCCGGAAGAGAAAGAGCAAAAACUUAGCCAAGGACAUGAAGAACAAGCUGGGCAUCUUCAGGCGGCGGAACGAAUCCCCUGGGGCCCAGCCAGCGGGCAAGGCAGACAAAGUGACGAAGUCAUUCAAGCCCACCUCAGAGGAAGCACUCAAGUGGGGCGAGUCCUUGGAGAAGCUGCUGGUCCACAAAUAUGGGCUAGCGGUGUUCCAAGCCUUCCUCCGCACUGAGUUUAGCGAGGAGAACCUGGAAUUCUGGCUGGCAUGCGAGGACUUCAAGAAGGUCAAGUCACAGUCCAAGAUGGCGGCCAAGGCCAAGAAGAUCUUUGCUGAGUACAUCGCGAUCCAGGCGUGCAAGGAGGUAAACCUGGACUCGUACACACGGGAGCACACCAAGGACAACCUGCAGAGCGUCACGCGGGGCUGCUUCGACCUGGCGCAGAAGCGUAUCUUCGGGCUCAUGGAGAAGGACUCGUACCCACGCUUCCUCCGCUCAGACCUCUACCUGGACCUCAUUAACCAGAAGAAGAUGAGUCCCCCGCUUUAGGGGCCACUGGGGUAGAGCUCAGCGUUCACACCAGGCGGGCUGGGCCCCUCCCCACCUGCCUCCCUACCCCCUGCGACAGAGGAGGCAAGUGAGCCCCCAGAGGCUGUGUCCGGACAGACAGAUGGACAUUUGGAUGAGAGGCCUGGACCAAGAGAGGCCCAGGCCACUGGAGGAGUAGAGGGACUGGCCCCGUUGGGCCCCCACUGCCCUGGUACGAGGGGGCCCAAGGGCCCUGGCAGGUUAGGGGCCCUGGCUGAGCCAGACCUGGAGCUGCUGCUUCCUGCUGCGGAGACUUCGCAAUGACCAAGUUCCUUAAAGAACUGGUUGAUGGGCAGGGGGCCGAGGCCUGGGCCCUGGGGCUCUCCGGGGGGGGUCACUCAGACUCACAGCUCAGACCCCCGCCUUGAGUUUUAUUUAUUUAAGCAGCAGUCGGAUGCUUGGCACCUCGUCCGGUAAUAGGAAACCUUUGCCUCGUCAGUUUUCCUAAUUUACAAGUGCAAUAUUUUAACCAACGCCUUGUGAAAAUCCACCUUGCGAAGAAGGUGGGCACCAUUUUCCAGUUUCAGGGGAUCUGCUGGUCCCAAGCCCCAGUGGCGGGUAGCUGGGCCUGCUGGACUGACAAGGCCCAGAGGGGCGGGGGCUGCAGUCUGACCUCACACCAAAAUCCAGCACCCCUGAGUGAGGGGUCCCCCGGGGCCUCUGGGAAAGCAUGGCACCCUCAGACCACACAGCGGCCGAGUUCAGGAGCAAAUAAAAGCCCUGUGUUAUUUUUUGUUCUUGA